AUGCCAGACAGUGCUAGCAGACCGCGAGUGACCAUACGACAAGGCACCAUCGUCGGCGCCAGGUCUGACCGGAACCAUGGGAAGUCCCCCCAGGUGCUCGAUGAGUUCCUCGGCAUUCCAUACGCCUUAUCCACAGCUGGCGAGAGACGUUUUAGACCACCUGUCCCUGUCGGAGCCUCAAAUGGAGAGUUUGAUGCUGGGCAGUAUGGGUACCGGUGUCCUGCCGGUGAUGCGGAUGAGACGCCCCUGGGUGAGGAUUGCCUUAACCUCAACAUCUACCGUCCAGGUAUACAGUAUGGAAGAGCCAAACUCCCUGUUUUAGUGCAUAUACAUGGGGGCUCGUUCAACUUCGGUGCGGGAAAUAACAGACAGAUAUCGUCGUUCGUAGCGUGGUCUAAGAAGCCCUUCAUCGGAAUUAGCUUCAACUACCGCCUUGGGGCAUUUGGAUUCCUCUCUUCGAAGCUGAUGGGAAAGGAGGGACUUUUGAAUGUUGGACUGAAGGAUCAGCAGCUCCUGUUGCAAUGGGUUAAGGAUAAUAUUGCUGCGUUUGGGGGAGAUCCGGAUGAUGUUACGAUCAUGGGCAGUAGUGCCGGGGCACAUUCCGUUGGACAUCAUCUCUUAAAUAAUCCCGAUAAACCUCCUCUGUUCCACAAAGCAAUUAUAGAAUCCGGCGGCGCCACCGCGCGAGCCGUUCGACCCUACGACAACUCCCUCUUUGAGACGCAAUUCCAAGAAUUCAUCUCGCAUGCAGGUCUCCUGGAUGUCCCUUCUGACAAGCUAAUAGACCAGCUCCGUGCCUUACCUUGGUCUAAAAUCAAGGCAGCUUCAGAAACUAUCUAUGGAAAAUACGACACCUCCGUCCGUUGGCCCUUCCAACCCGUCAUCGACGGUGAAGGCGGCAUAAUCCCCAUAGCCCCUAUCAAAGCCUGGCAAGCGGGAAAAUGGCACCAAGUACCCAUCCUAACAGGAUUCAACACCAACGAGGGCGCAAUUUUCAUCGAACCAACUAUCUCCACCUCCGCACAAUUCACAUCCUUCUUCGCAACUCUGCUACCGACCUUCUCCCCUGAUGAUCUCGAAGCCUUAGGUAAAGUAUAUCCCGACCCUAUCACCCACCCCUCCUCCCCUUAUACCGAAACGAGGAAGAACAUUGGACUCGGCGCGCAAUUCUUCCGCACGGAACAAGCAUAUGGACACUACGCAUACAUCGCCCCUGUCCGACAAACGGCGCGCUUUGCAUCCAAAGGACCCGCACCGGUAUAUCUAUACCACUAUGCCGUGACUGGCAGGAAAGAUGGCGGUGCGGAUCAUGGGGACCAUAACGAUUUCGUCACCUAUAGCCAGGAAAUCCGAAACGUCUCGCCCAGUGUAAUGGAAAUCUCGGCGAAUAUGCAUGCAUAUUGGACGAGUUUUAUCACUACCGGGGAUCCGAAUACUGAGGGAGGUUUGGCCAAGGAGAGACCUACGUGGCCGAAGUAUGAUUAUGCACAGGGAGUGGGGAAGGUCGCGCUUUUUGGGGAAGGGAAUGAUGAGCUUGCGAGUGGGAACCAGAAGGGGGUGGUGGUGAAGAUUGUGGAUGAUCUGUGGGCGAAGGAGGAAUGCCAGUUUUGGAUGGAGAGGACAGGUUUGUCCGAGAUUUGA